AUGACAAAAUACACUGAAGACAUUUGUGCUUACAGAUUGCGACUAUCAGCUGGAAGAAACAGUAUCACAGAAAGAAGCAUAACAAUCAAUUAUCCACCCUAUAAUGGAAACUGUAUCAGUAAUAUCUUUGCAGGCGUUGGUUUUAGUUCAGGAUUCAGUAUAAGCUGCAGUGGUUGGCUGGACGAAGACGAUAGACCACAAAGGAAUCCAAAAAUAGAUAGCAACGGGAACAGCCUAUUGACAUAUAAACUGUUAUAUCAUGUUCUGGGAUCCUAUUCGGAACCUCAUAUUUUCUGUACAGUAAUAGGAGGUAAUAUCUCUACACCACAAUUUACGCUAAGACCAGGUCGACCAGAACAUGGGUAUCUUAUUAAUGUGUUGAUAUACAUAGAAGAUAAAUACCAAUCACAUCAGGAUUUUGUAGUUCAACUUAAGAUUGUUCCCGAUAAGAAGGAUAUUUUGGGGUUAUAUGUCGAUAAUGAAUACCAGGAUUUUGAAGCUAAGAAAGAUAUGACGGCGAUAUUAUUGAUGAAUAUGGGAAUCACAGAAAUGAUUCAUGAAGAGGUAACGCCUGUUAUAGUAGAAAAAGAUCCAAACUCCACAAGAGACAUCCCAAAUGCUAAAGAACAGAUCAUACAACAAAUAUCAAACCAUAUUCACUUGGUACAAACACCAGAACAGAUCGAAUUAUUAACAGAUUUAUUGUUACAUAUAUCAGAUGAACUUGGAUCAUUGACAUAUCAUACACAGAAAAUGUUAGAGAAAAUAUAUUCGAACAUCAUACCAAAACUUGAUCAAAUAUUUAAUAAUUCAAAAGACACGGCGCAGAUUAACACAGUUGGUAAAGGAAUAACAAAGGGCUAUUUACAGCUACUAACAGCACAAAAAUUACAUACAUCUUGCUUUACUGAUUGUAACCAACAGAAGUACCUGUCAGAGAAGAUCCUAGCUGGGUAUAAAGAUCGUUAUAAAUUAAUCUCUAUGAUACAAUCUGGUAGUGUACCAGGAGAGGUCUCCCCAGCAAUUCAUAUAGGAGAUUACAUCAACUAUAUAGUAUCUAGACAUGAUGCUAAUACCAUUCCUGGUGCUAGACUUUUUAUUGAUGAUAAACAUCUAGCAACUAUACCGUCUUCAGUCAAUAACUAUAUAGAUCUAUCACAGUACUCUAAUCUGGAUAUAGAGGUGGUUGAAGGAGUUCACUUGUUUUCUACAAAGAACGAUGAACAAAUCACUAGUCGCACUACCAGUCUGGUUAUAUAUGGUGAUGGUCAGGUAUUGGACGUAUUCGGUCUUUUAGAACCAGUUACAGUCAAAUUAAUCUUGGACCCAAAAGUCAGAGAUACCGUUACAUUAACAGAAUUGUCAACAAAUAACACUGAAUCUUUGAAAUAUAUUAAAGUUCAGCUUGGUGAACCGGAAAUGGUAACCAAUGUUGAGUUUAUUCCUUCCUAUGAAUUUGGAUUAUUUGAUUACUAUAUUAGUAUUGACGGUCAACCAACGGAGACUAAUCAUGAACUGAAAGGAACUAUAGGACCCAAAUCGUGGAUUCUUCGUUUAAAUGUUAAUAUGUUUGAUAAUGGAUUUGGCAUUGAUACCUACAAAUACGGUGGUGUUAUUGCUUAUAUUGGUAUCAAACCUAGAUUCAACACCAGUCAACAUUCUUCUGAUAUUGAUGUUAGAAUUUAUUCUGUCGGUUGUUAUUACUGGAAUAUAAAGCAUAAUAUUUGGUCCAAGAAGGGUGUACAGCAUAGUGACGGGACUAAUGUAGAUAGUGUGGAAUGUCUUACCAAUCAUUUAACAGAUUUUGGUGCCAGUUUCUUUGUACCACCAAAUACUAUUAACUUUUCUACAGUAUUUGAUAAAUUUAAAGAUAUUGGUGAUAAUGCUGCUGUUUUAAGUGUGGUUAUUACAUUGAUUGUCCUAUAUUUCAUUAUUGUCCUUGUUGUAAGAAGAGCUGAUCGAAAGGAUUUGAUGAAGUGGAGUGUUGAGCCAUUAAGUGAUAAUAUAGAUACAGAUAUUUACCAUUACCAAGUGACAGUCUACACUGGUAUCAGACGUAAUGCUGGAACCAAUUCCAAUAUUUUCAUAGUUUUAGCAGGUUUUGACGAUGAAUCAGAGAUAAGAGCUUUAAAAGAUGUCAAGAACAGGGAAUUCUCAACCGGAAGUGUAAGUAGCUACCUAAUGAGUGUUCCUAGAUCACUUGGAGACUUGACCUAUUUGAGAAUAUGGCAUGACAGUACAGGAAAAUCAAAGAUGGUCGACUGGUUUUUAAAUCUGGUUGUAGUGAAAGAUAUUCAAAAUGGAGCAAGCUACGUAUUCCUCUGUGAUAGAUGGUUGUCGUUGACAAAAGAUGAUGGAAAGACUGAAAGAUUUUUACCAGUUGCUUCUAAAGAAGAUCUGCAAAACUUUGCCCAUUUAUUCUUCUUCAAAAGUCGCAAGGAUAUAACCGACGGUCACUUGUGGUUUUCGGUGGUAGCUAGACCAACCAGAAGUCCCUUUACAAGAGUUCAGCGUCUAUCUUGUUGUUUGUCAUUGUUAUUCACUACUAUGAUAGCUAAUGCUAUGUGGUACCAAACCACAGACGGCCUUGAUUACUCUCAGAAUGCCAGUGUUGGACCAUUUACAUUCUCUGCUCAAGAACUCCUCAUCAGUUUGUUCGGAAGCUUUAUAGUAGUGCCUGUCAAUAUCCUAAUUGUAACUCUGUUCAGAAAAUCAGCACCCGCUAAAGAAAAGGAAGUUUCUUUGAAGAUCCAUCCCAAAGUCACAGUAAAAGAUACUCUGGGCAAAGAAGAUACCAUUAUAUCAAACGCUAACGAUAAUCCGUUUGAAAGCUUAACCAAUACAAAGAAGAGGUUUCAACUACCACACUGGUGUGUCUAUGUAGCAUGGUUUCUAGUAUUGUUAUCGGUGUUUGUUAGUGGAUCCUUUACUGUACUGUAUAGCCAGGAAUGGGGUGCUGAACGAUCAGGAAUGUGGUUAUCUGCAUUUUUCUUGUCUUUUCUGGAAUCCAUCAUCAUUGUUCAACCUCUCAAGGUAAUUACAGUAGCUAUUGUGGUAGCUGUGAUAUUCAGAUCUACCAGUGAAUAUGAGGAUGAUAAAGAAAGUGAACUGGAAGUUUAUGAUAUUGUUAAGACUGGUAAACAGGGCACAAUUGGUCCAGAAACUCCUGCUUAUCCUACUCAUCGUAAACCAUAUACAGAUAGAAAUGUAGAUGUUGAAAAUCUGGAAAAAGUGAGGGAAUAUAGGAAGAAACAAAGUAGAUUAUUUGGCGUCUUUCAAGAGAUAAUAGUAUACAGUUUCUAUGUUAUCACCAUUGCUAUAUUAUGUUAUGAAAGUAAAGAUACCACAGGCUAUGGUGAAGUUAAUGGUAUCCGAGACCUGUUCAUAGAAGACCUGGAUGCACCGAAUGUUAUUAAAGGUCAUCGUGGAUUGGAGGGGAUAUCAAGUUAUGAGAAUUUCUGGGAAUGGUGUGAUGAGAGGUUAUUGCCCAAUCUAUACAGGAGAAAUUACUAUAAUAAAGACGAAGUAUCACCGAAUCAGAAACUGUUACUUUCUGAUGGAAUACAUUUUAGAGUUGGAUUGCCCCAACUUAGACAAGCAAGAGUUAAAACAGAUACAUGUGACGUGAAUGCACAUCUUAUACGAACUGUCAGCGACUGCUUAGAUGACUAUGAACUAUCAACAUACGAUGAUGUAAAUUAUGAAGUUGGGUGGAAAGAUACAUUCAAAAACACAACACUGGACAAAAAACCUUGGCAAUAUAAAGGAACAUUGGAAGUCAAUGGGUUCCCGAUAGCUGGAGACCGAGCUACGUAUGGAGGAGGUGGCUAUACGGCUGUAUUGGAGGAUAACUUGGCGGAAUCAGAGGACAUUAUUUUAUAUUUGAAAUCUCAGAGAUGGUUAGACAGACAAACCCGAGCAGUAUUUGUGGAAGUCAAUCUGUACAACCCAAGUGUAAAUAUGUUUACUGUAGUCAACAUGAUGUUAGAAUUCCCACCAACUGGAAGUGUUUCAACAAAAGCAUUCAUCACACCAAUAAGAUUGUACCGCUAUGUUGGUCCUUCGGCUAUCUUUAUAAUAUUACUGGAUUUAGUAUUUGUGGCGUUCACAUUGUUUUAUCUGAUACAGCAAUGUAAACUAAUGAAGAAGAUUGGUAUGACAUAUUUCCAAGAAUUCUGGAAUUGUAUUGAGUUCAUGAAUACUAUAUCUGCUAUAUUGUGUUGUGCUUUCUAUGGCGUUCACUAUCUGUUUACUGAAAUGACACUCUCAGAUUUCUAUGAUAAUGCAGCUCAGUUCGUUAACUUCCAGAGAAUUGUAUUGUGGGAUGAAAUAUUCUGUUUUACUCAAGCCUUCUUGUUAUUUUUCUCAAUGUUGAAAUUGCUACGACUAGUGAGAUUCAAUUCUAAAGUUACUCAGUUAGCGGGAACAUUACGUAGAUCUGUAUGGCCAGUGUUCAACUUCUGUAUAGUAUUCACCAUUAUAUUUGUUGCAUUUGCUAUAUCUGGCUAUAUAGUAUUUGGCUCCCAGAAUGCUGAGUAUUCUACACCCCUUACGACGAUGCAAACACUGUUUUCAAUGCUACUGAUGAAAGUGAAUAUCGAUCCACUUAUUGCCACGGAUCAGUUUAUUGGUCCAUUAUAUGUAUUUAUUUAUAUAUUGAUGGUUGUAUUUAUACUAAUCAACAUGUUUAUGAGCAUACUAAAUGAUACCUUCACGGCUGUGCGAUGUGAUAAAGCCUGUCUACCAGAUGACCCGGCAAUGGUGAAUUUUAUGAUAAAUGAAUUCAAGAGAUUAAUUGGAGCUUCUGAUACUUAUGACUAUAAUAGAUCAAAAGAAAAUCAGAAGAAAACUGGUAGUAGAGAGGAAUUGAAACUAGGGGAAACAACCCCGACCUAUCAAUUUCUUACAUCCGUCUACACACAUUUCAAAUCAGAAAAGACUUACAAACCAAAAUCAGAAGACUUAUCAAUCUAA